AUGAACAACGCAACGACCGCGCAACCACAACAGGUGUUACACCUUCAGUUUUCUGUGUCGAUGAUUGUUGUUAACUCUUUCAGUGGUGUAUUAGCGACAGUUUUGAACCUCUUGAUCAUUAUGACUUUUGUAAAGACGCCAGCUUUGCGAGAAUCGUCCGCCAACAUUCUUAUCCUAAGCUUAGCCGUCACUGACAUUUUAGUUGGAACUUUGCUGCAACCUAUUUACUGUACGUUCGUUUUUUCAGCAACCAGCAACUACGCCUUGGACAAGAAACUUUUUAAAGUAUAUCAGACUGUUAAAACGACAUUAAUAAAUGCAUCACUUUUCACAAUAACUGCGAUUAGCGUCGAUCGAUUUCUAGCUCUCCACCUUCAUCUCAGAUACCAGGAAUUCGUCACAACGAAACGGACUUCAAUGGUGUUAAUUGCAAUUUGGACAUUCAGUGCGUUAUGGGGUUCUCUACCUGCCGUCAUCAAUGAAGAAUUUGUUUGGGUCCAUACUGCAAUUAACUAUCUAAUGCUUUUACUUUUGCUAAUAAAUAUUGGUCUGAUGCUGAGAAUAUCUCGCAUAGUCCGUCAACAUUCAGCGCAAAUCCAUGUUCAACUGCAAAAUAUGCAGCCUGGGGCAGCAGUAAACUUUAAGAGAUCGUUUAACAUUAUGUACUUUAUACUUGGAACAUUUUUCCUGUGUUAUGCCCCGUAUAUAUGUUUCUGGAUUAUCCAAAAAUGUACGGGAAAAAUUAACAAUACAUAUGUUGCAGCGAGCGUGGUCAAUACCAUUCUGUUUAUGAACAGCGCUAUCAACCCAAUUGUAUAUUUCUGGAGAAUACAAGACAUGCGAAAUGCUGCCCUUCAAUUGUUACCAUGGCGAUUUUUCAGAAGGCAGAACAGUGACGACUUGAACAACUGCAACACCAAUAGCAAUAACAUUGAYAAUAUCAAUUGCAAUAAUAGCAAUUGCGCUGUUAAUAUUUAGUUAAAGAAAGAAUUUUCAAAAUAAUCGGCCUAGUGCGUAUCUUGACAUAUGAUCAUUGUAUUUCCAUAUGUACAUAUAUCAUUCUCAACCUGUAUAUUUAUGCAUUUAAUUCUAUUGUGAUUUUCAGUUAUAGUAUAUCUGCUCUUYUGUUCAAAUCUUUGCUUUCCAAUGCUGCAAUAA